AUGCUGGCUGGGCCUGAUCCACUUUCUCCGUGCUUCUUCCUGUGGCAUCGGCGGCCUUCUAGCCGGGCCUCCACCGGUGGCUUCGUCAACGAGGGUGCGCCGGCGGGGGACGUGGGGUCGUGGCUUUGGUGUCCUGCUGGCGAGCGGCAGCAACACGGUCUCUUUUGCCUACUCCUUUUCCUCUCUGGCAAUGGCGGCGACGGUUUCGACGCUUGUGGCUUUGGUGCGGCGGACAUCCCCAACAUCCUCGGCGAUGGAGUUGUGAGUUCCCUUUUCCUUCUUUGCUAUGUGAGGACAAUAAAUGGUACCUCCGGUGUCCGUUGUUCCUUCCGGGCUGCCGACGACAUCAGUAGCAGCAGAUUGUACCAGCCUAUUGAGGAAGAUUGGGGCACCGGCAGUGCUUGGGGCGGCGGCCUGUCUUGGGGCACCGGCAGUGCUUGGGGUGGCGGCCUGUCUUGGGGCACCGGAAGGCAGGGGGCGGCGGCCGUUGGAGCGGCGGAGGCACUCCAGGGGGCUGUGCCCAUGCUUGGGGAGGCGGCUCUCUCAGGCCAUGGGGGCGACGACGGUGGGACACAGGCGAAGGGGCCCAACGGCGCUGGGGGUGCCCACGCGAGGCUGGGCGACGGCGCUGGGGACACGCGCGCGUGGCGGGUCGACGCAUCCAAAGGCGGCCGUGGGUCCAGCGCGUGGCCGGGGGACGCCGCCGGGGGCGCCCGCGCGAGGCCGGCCGACGCCGCGGCGAGCAACCAGGGCGCGGUGAGUCGUCGUCUCUGA